AAAAUCAUCAACACGUCAGACACGGUCAAAUUGUCAAAGUGACAUUUCAAAGUUCGAUUAGGUGGUUCAGAUUGUUUGUCCAAAGUGGAAGAUUUUUUCCAGUUACUAGUUCAAAUUUCAUGAUCAUUUUAUAAAAAUGGGUAACCGAUCAUCCUUAUUGCUGCGCGAGGAAGAAAUCGCCCAAAUUCAGGAAGAAACUGGCUUCACCCCCAACCAAAUAGAACGCUUAUAUUCACGUUUUACGUCCUUGGAUAGAGGCGACUGUGGUACUUUGAGCCGCGACGAUUUUCUCCGCAUUCCAGAAUUAGCAAUUAAUCCCCUCGGUGAACGCAUUGUGAAUUCGUUCUUCCAAGAUGAAGGCUUGAACGAUAGAGUGAAUUUCAGGCAAUUCAUGCACGUUUUGGCCCAUUUCAGGCCGAUUAAAAAGAACAAAGAAAACAAACUGAAUUCAAGAGAGGAGAAACUCAGAUUUGCUUUCAAAAUGUACGACCUUGAUAACGAUGAUAUGAUUUCAAAGGAUGAGCUUCUGGCAAUUUUACACAUGAUGGUUGGCGCUAAUAUUAGUGAAGAGCAACUGACUAGCAUUGCUGAAAGAACGAUUUUAGAAGCAGAUGAAGAUGGAGAUCAGAUGAUCUCUUUUGAGGAGUUUUGCAAAGCUUUGCAACGAACAGAUGUUGCCCAAAAAAUGAGCAUAAGAUUUUUGAAUUAAGAGUUUUGUUGCGAAUUUUUGUAUAGGAGGAAUAAGACGCAUGUGUACAGUAUAAUUUUUAUUGCAUUGUAACGCUUAACCAAAAACUACAUACAUUUAUUUUAGUUGAAAUAUAUUUUUGUUACAGUUAUUGUACUUAAUAAAUAGUUGAAAAUA